AUGUAUAAUGCAUCGACAACUAACAUUGAAUCAUGGUUUAUUCCGCUUGAUAUUCUAGCGAUUAUAUGUAUUAUUUUCGUUAUUAUACUUUCUAUUAUUUAUUUAUUUAUUAUUAUUCUUGAUAAAACAUGUCAUACGAUUCCGUUGAUGUUAAUUGGUAACACAUGUUUCAUUGCACUUCUAGCUGGAUGUAGUAUACUGAGUAUGUGUAUAUUUACACUUGAAAAUGAUUUAAAACAGAUUCAUUAUCAAGAUUCAUUGUGUAUUUUUCGAGCUUAUACUGCUUAUGUUUCAUGUGCUCUAUUCAAUUUUUCAUUUUUAUUACAAGCUAUAUAUAGAUAUAUAACUAUUAUUUAUCCCUCAUAUUUACUUUGGCAAUCAGCAAAAAUUCAAAUUUUAUUUAUUUGUUUAAUAUGGAUAUUUAGUUUUAUAUAUCCAUUUGAAUUUGUAUUUACUAAUGAAAUUACUUAUAAUAUUGACAAUCAAAUUUGUCAAUUACCUUUUCAAUUUUCUUUGUCUAUAAUUUACGUUACACAUUGUGCUUAUAUCAUUCCUGUUCUGAUGAUUAUGUUGAUUUAUUUUAAAUUAGUUCGAUAUGUUCGUGAAAUGGGAAAACGUGUUACACCUGUAAAUGCUCUAUUUCGUGCACAAAGAGAAUUAAAAAUGGUUCAACGUACAGUCAUAAUUAUAACAAUCUUAGUCAUACUUUGUUUUCCUUAUGCAUUAUUCAUUGGAAUAUCAUUUUUCACUGCUCCACCAAAAUAUCAUUUUCGAAUAGCUUAUAUAUUUGCUGACGUAUCAAUAUUAUCAGUAAUGUUGGCUUUAUUUCAAUUUACUGAUUCACUUAAAGAAUCUAUUAUGAAAAGAAUAAAUCGAACGUCAAAUAUAAUAGUAAUACUUAGAACAUAA